AUGGGCCAUCGAGCCCAAACGAGCAUGGCGCCUUAUCGACAUGAUCCCCGGACCCGGCUCAUUGAACUCUUGAAGCGAUGGCUUCGAAGCAAUGCAGCCAACAGCAAUUUGAGUGAGGAAGAGGUGCGGCGCAUGUGUGGCUUAUGCAGAGAUUUGUUGAAGCUCAGAUGCACAAGCCUAGUCGGCCUAGCCUUCCAGAACUAUCCGAAUCUUUUUCCAUCUCGCAACAAGACCAGCUUCAUGCACGCCCUCAGCGAAGCCUACGAACACUUAGAGCUUCAGCUGCGGCAGGUGCUGGAGCGCGAUCGCACCUGCGCGGAGCUGGCACAACGUUGUCUCUCGUUGAGUCGCAACUUGGUGGCGGAUGCCAUCGCGUAUCUCUUGUUGGCAGCCACACAUCUCACGCAGACCGACCAACUGCCAUCCUUGGAGGUGGUGGUGCUAUGGCAAUCCUUGCCUGCAGUAGGGAAUCCAUUGCCCAGCCGCGCUGAUCCACAACUGCAGAAGAGCAUGCAAGACGCCUGGCCCUGCCUCAUUGGAUCCUUGAUCACUGCAUUGUUGGGCCUCAGAUGGACAUUUCAUUUGUUUGCAGGUGGUGGAAGUGAAGAAGAGCUCAAAGGUCUAUCGCCUUUGCAGGGGUCUCCUCUCAGCAUCACCAGCCAGGAGCCAGCAGAAAAUGCUUUGGCGCAGAUCAGGCGCGUGCGUGACGAGUUUGCAGCUGGGCAUUUCAAAUACAGUGGCCUCGCAGGGCCCUUUCGAGAUCCACAACAGCAGGAGAGCCGAGAACAUCUGUUGACGGCCGUCGAGUCUUUGUAUGACCUCCUCUACUUGUUGGGUGAGGUGCUUCUGCACUUUCACCGCAUCUCUGAUAGUUUGGGAGACUAUGGCAUGAUCCGUGUCUCCACUUGGCUCCAUCCCUGUUUGGAUUCGGUGAUCGAAAAGGUGCAACGCCUGCAGGGCGCGUUGAAAGGUCUUAGCAAAGCCGUGGAUGCGGAGCUGGUCAUCGCCAAAGCACGAGGAAGGACGGUGAAGAAGCCCUUGCCCUCUGAGCGCAUGUCAGCACGUGCUCACGCGGCCAUCGAGCGAGCUUUAGCAGGACAAGAUUGUCAUCUCACAGCGCUGCUGCAUAGCUUGGAGGAACUCAAAGCUCGUUCUGCUCCAGAGCGCCUCCCACAUGUGGUGGAAGGUUUGGGCGAUGCAUGUCUUCAGCUUCAAAAUGUUCUGACUUCACCUCAGUUUCGAGCACGUGUUGGCGAUUCCUUCCCACAUCACUUGCCCUCCUUGGCCAACAUCACCUCGCGCGAGACCCGGGCCUCGCCGCUUGCACUGACCGAUGAGCCAUUGGGCGACUUCAGCGAUCCCGAGGAUGAAGCGGAACAGCGGCACGAAGCGACAGGCAGAGGUCGUGCUUUACCUGAGCCAGACGCCAACAGUCCUCCGGGUCAGCAGCCUUGCCACACCGCCUGUUUCUUUGCUUUUCCGGACACCAAACGACGUUCCAGCAGCCUUUCCGCCUUAGUGCGGGCCACCAGCCAUGCGCUUCGGGCCGUGCGCGGGUCCCGGCACAGCUCUCUACCGGCACCCCUGUCGCCGCCCAUGACGCCGAAGCCAACGGAGUCGGUCGCGGAGUGCGUGGCCGGCGCAGGGCGCACGGCCACGUCACCUCCCGUGCCCGCGGAAUUGGUGUCGGAGCUGCCGGCGGCCGGGUGGAUUUCGCACGUGGGCAAAGGAGGACGCGUCUCCUGGCAUCAUAAAUCAUUGGGUCCAGCUCCCUGGGAAAGGCAGCCUGAGACAGAUGAGCUGGAUCUUGCCAGAGCUCCGGAUGAUCAACUGCCAGACACGAAUCCCUUCUCCGAUGCCUUUGAAGAGGCUCCAGCAGCUUCGCGCUCUGCACCAGUUCUUCCACGGCAAGGCUAUGGGACGCCCUCCACCAGUGCAUCGCCACAUGGACGAUUUCUGGCGCAGCCCUGCCUGGAGACACGAACCUCCAGUACUCCUCACGGCUGUUCCGACGGCGCCGGCACGCCGGCCCGUGCGGACCUGCGCGAGGUGCGCGCGGCCACGGUGCCGGACUUCUUGCACAAAGGGUGUCUUCGAGCCGAGGUAGAGAGGUUGACCACGGGUGUGCAGGGCUGGAAGACGCAUGAUAGCAGGAGCCUUUUGAUCACCGGGAGCCAGCUCUUGAUCUACGAAAAAGGCUCUAUGGACCAAGUGAAGACCGUGGUGAACCUGCUCGAGGAUGUCGAAAGGUGGGGAUGCUCUCAACAAAAAUCCAACUGA